AUGGCUAAAAUUUCCAACCGUAAACUACCAAAAAAUGUCCAUUCAUCUCUUGAGUGGAAUUUUCAGAAUAACGAUCCAAACUCUUCCAGCGAUUCAUGUUGGUCUUGGUCGGAUGUCUAUAGAUAUCAAAGAAACAACAAUGCUCAAGACAACCGUGUUAAAGUCGUAGUGUCUGUGGAACAAACUUUGUAUGAUGUCGCUGAACUGCUUGAAAGGAGACUAGGGAUUUGUCUUUCUGGCUGCCAGUUUUAUCUUCAAGAUCGAAUCAAGCUUCGUGGGGAAUCGCCCCUGGUUGAACAUUGUGUUGAAAUAUCCGGUUUAGUUCAGCUAUUACUUGAGGUAAAAACAGCAGAUGCAGGCUAUCCAUUUCGACUCAAUGUUGUCGAUAUUCAAAUCCCAGAAUCGGUUGAUCAUCAUGGACCUAACUCUACGAUACCAACCGAAAAAAGCAAACGUCCUGGUAUCGCAAAAGGACCAGGACAACAGAUAUCCAGUGUAAAUUCGGUAAAAAACGAGGAAUCAAGGAAUGAUAGUGCUCUUUCAAGUUCUAACAGACCAAUAAGUCCAAAACCCGAAUGUAUAUCCCCUCUCACUGUUGCCGCAGCUGUGGCAGCGGCAGCUGAUAUUGCAUCAGGAGGGUCUGGCUUAUUGGAAUCACAGCCUUCUCUCAAUGAAAACGGUAUGGUCUCAGAUGAAUCUGUUAUUCCAGAAGCAUGCAAUAUUCUUGAUAUACACUCAUCGCAAAAUCCUUAUUUAGGAUCCCAGUUGGAACCUGGUGGAGUUCCUGGAGCUUACGACUUGGAAAGCUUAUCAAGAUGGGUUCCUGAUGGUCACUAUCGACGUUUAAUGGAAAUGAAUGAUAUUCCACGUGAUCCUAUUGAGUGGAAUUCGACACAGGUUAUUAUGUGGAUAAAUUGGGCUUGCAAACAAUUUAGGAUUGAAGGCCUAAAAGGCGAAAAGUUGUUCAACAUGCCUGGGUCUAGCAUGUUUGUUCUAACACCAGAUGAUUGGCGACGUUUAGUUCCCAACGCCAACGUUAACUUCUUAACUCACUUAGAGCUACUUAAACGGUGUCGAAAUGUUUGUGUUCCUUAUUGUCCACAACCCCCACAACAGAGCGCUACCCAAUCCCAAAAAUUGUACAGACAAAUGUCACGAUCCCGCUUUCGUAGCUCUAGAAAUUUGACGGAAACGAAUUCUAGUAGGAGUUUUGGUGGAAGUAUUGUAUUUGCGCCGUCGUACUCGGGAGCCUUAAAUUCCUACGAUAUGAAUAAUUCUAACCCACGAAUGAUGUGUUCAAAACCAGUGUUUUUGUCAUGUAAUGAUUCAAAUGGUCACGUUCCAACAUCCAAUACAGUUACAUUAAUGAACGAAACGACUGCUAAUCAGAACUCAUCCAACUACACAAAUAACGGGGUAUGCGAGUCGUCUUCAGGUGGUGGUCAGUUAAUUCAUGGUGCAUUUUUAUUAGCUCAAAAUGGUAACACUCUUCAACAAGGAAUUUCUAAUUCUCAAUCAUCUGCAGCUGGUCAAGUUCAACUGUGGCAGUUUUUACUUGAACUACUUACAGAUUGGAGAUACCGUGAAGCUAUACACUGGAUUAGCGAUGAUGGUGAAUUUAAAUUAAGUAAUCCUGAACAAGUAGCUGCAAUGUGGGGUCAUCGAAAAAACAAACCUGCUAUGAAUUACGAGAAGUUAUCUCGAGCAUUACGAUAUUAUUAUGAUGGUGAUAUGAUUUCAAAGGUUCAUGGAAAACGUUUUGUUUACAAAUUCAUUUGUGAUUUAAAGACUCUACUUGGUUUUUCAGCUGGCGAGCUAUAUAUGUUAGUGAAAAAUUGUGCUGAAAGGCAUUCACAUCGAGGGAAAAAGCGGCGUUUGACUACAGGAUCUACAUACUCUCCAGUAAACAGUCAUACACUGUCUACAUUUCCUAUAGACGAUAGGACUGUGUUCCCAAUACCCGCAGAACAUCCUCGUCCAAUUAAUUUUUUAAACCGGUCUGUACAGCGCAAUGUGACCCCUGGUUACUGCCUCGAUAUCGUCACACCUUCAGAUCCCCUUUCUUAUAGUGUUCCGUUCUCACCUACAUACCGUAUCAGACAACCGGUCAAAUCGGAAAAUGGAGUAAACAGUAAUACACUAGAACAACACUCUAGUAGUUCAUUAGUCCGUCAGUCAUUCCAGCGAAAAAGAUUUUUGGGUUUACAGCCAACUACCGUAAAUACUGACAAUAUUGUUUUUGAAGAUGACUCUAUUCAUAAUAAUGCUUCUGACUCUGAGCAUCAUGAAAACGAUCGAUCACGUGCCCCCACCAGUCCUUGGAGGCUGCGACGACGCUGGUGGGCUCGCAAUCCUUUGUCUGGUGUUUCACCACUUGGCUCUCCUCCUUACUCAUCUCCUUCAUACACUGAACGUUUAUCUUCUGAUUCUGCUCGACAACGAGACGAUGUUUCUGAUCGCUUCAACGGUUCAUGCUCAUCGAUAGCUGGUGCAAGUUCUCAGUUCAGCCAUUCACAGUUCACAGUUGACGAGGACUGGGUUGCCGCCGCAGCGUUAACGGAGGAUAUGGCAAAUGAAUCGUCCAUGAAUUCCUCCACUUCGAUCAAUAGUUCAUUUCGAUCUAAUGGAAUUUCUAUUCCCCAACCUCCCACUCCCAAUACUACUGUAACUGGCUUUGAUGAAGGAGAGAUAGCUUCCGCCGCUGCUUCAUUAUUCAGUCAAUCAAGCCAAUCAGAACCUCCCUUAGUAGUGGAUCAAACGAAUACCGUUCCCAAAAAGAGAAAGCUAUCUUCUAACUUAUCUGAUUAUCGCUGUGAAACGAAAGAGGUUAGAGAUGAUUCUCUUAUCGAAGAUACCGUAUACGGUUCUCGGUUAAGUCAUUUAGGUAGUACCAAGUAUAUCUCUAAUAACCGGUCAUCUAUGCGUAAUUAUGGUCCUGUUUUAUUAUCUAGUUAUAGUCAAGGCAUAGAUAUCGAUGCCUUUUUAGCUCAUUGA